AUGCGUGUGUUGUUGGCAAAAGACCCACCGCCACCACCUCAUGGUGGUGGUUGCUACCGUUCUGCCACCCAUUUCUGCCUUCUGUCGUCCUUUUGCCGCCACCAGCCACCGUGGGAGGUGGUUGUGUGCCUGUGUAUUUUAUGUGUGAGAUCGUUAUGCACUCUUUGGGCACGAACCACCACCACGACCAUUGGAAAUGGUGGUUGUCGCCUGCCUGCCACCAUUAGAAAAUUGGGUCAUAGUUGGACCAUUAGAGGACUUUUUGUGAACCCAUUUGGAAUUGGGCCUCGGUGGGCCCAUUGGGCUUGGUUUAAUUAUGGACCGGAUUGGUGGACCAUAUUUAGACCUAAUAAUGGGAAGGAUCCGCCCAUUAGAACCACAGGCGAUUCCAGAAGCCUUCGUCCUCUGUUUCAGUUCGCUUCGGGUCGAUCUACCGGUACUUUGCAUACCGGAGGAAUUAAUUUCCAAGUGUUCCCAUUUUAUGAUCAAUCGUCGAAGAUGAGUGGACAUUACGAUGGAUGGAAUGAAAUUCUAAAGAUUCAGAAGUUCCGGAGAACGGUGGGAUACACUAUUUUCUUUUCUUUCUCGGCGCUCAUUAGCUAUGCCUACAACUCCAACACGACAAGAGCUGGAUUCUCAAGAGGUGAUCAGUUUUAUGCAUCUUAUCCUGCAGGGAGUGAGCUUUUGACUGAUACUACUAAGUUGUAUAAAUCUGCACUUGGGAAUUGCUUCGAAGAGGAAGAAUGGGGCCCGAUUGAAUGGUCUGUAAUGGCCAAGCAUUUUGAACGUCAAGGGAAAUCACCAUAUGCGUAUCAUGCUCAAUACCAGGCUCACCUUGCUUCUAAUGGAAAUCUUGAUGGAAGUGGCUAGAUCCAAGCAGGAGUAGGAGUCAUAUGUAUUAAUGGAGCAUUUGCAAUUUCAUUAAUACUAAUAUUAAAGAAGCUUUAUACUUAUGAACUUAUGAUGAAUUGUAAUACAUUACUCUUGUAACAUUGUGAAUUAGGUGAAUGAGUUUGUAUGUUAUUUUUGGCCACUCUUUCUUGCAAAAAGAUUCUACAAAUUAUUUUUUUUAUUAUUUUUCUAUUAUUUUUUAAAUUAUUUUCCAAUCGUGGUGGAAGAACAAUAAGGUGGUCUAUGGCCAUCUAA